AUGCAGUGGCAUGCCACUGAUGCUGUUUCAGUACAUGUGUGCAAGUCAGCCAGUGUGGCUACCAUAAUUGACAGGUGUUACGUCUCGAACCAGACGUUGUGUCAUAGCAACCAGGCGACAGAGCAGCAAACAACCAAAUUAAUUUGUCACAAUAAUGUAGCCUGUAGUUGGUGUGAAAUCGUUGACCUCCUUUGCGCUAAUAAACUAGAGGCGACGCACAUCCGGGUUACAACGAAUCCAGCGUGCAACACGACCCUUCAAGUACUUGGUUCCCAACAGCGGAUCGCUCUCACCACUACACAUUCCCCAGCUUAUUUUGAGACACACUUCUUCGCUGCAGCACAACACGGAAUAGAUGACCUUUUGUACUCAGCUAAUCGGUCGGGUGCCACAGUUGACGAAAUGAAGAAGAUAUAUUCAAAACAGGAUCAUGCUCAAAAGAGUUAUGUUCGGAACACAAAGUGCUGGGCAUAUCCGCUUGAUUUAACCUCCAUAUCGCCGUGGAAUAGUAAUGGUGGCAUCAGGAAAGCUGGAGUGCUGAUAAGCCCUAGACACGCGCUGUGGGUGCGUCACUAUAGCAUGUCCGUCAACACAAUCACUCAGGUUGGAAAGGCAAUCUCUAUGUAUAACUCAAUAUUACACACACUUUAUAUUACUAGUUUAGGCAAGCGCACUUCAAUCACACUGUUUAAUAUAUAG